CUGGCUUAGAUGUUUGGAUGUUUGGAAGAUAUGCAACCCGUUUAACGAUGGGACUUGAAUUUAAAAAUAUGUAAAAUUACAAUUCUAAUUCCUGAUAUAUUCAUAUUCUAAUUUUCACAAGCGAUUUAGUUAUUUAAAUAUUGAAACUUUGAACUGGUUCAAAAUUUCUAUAAAUCAUACCAGUUUGCUUUUAUAUAUCUAGGUAUGUAUGAUGAUUUGUGGUGGGGUCCGAUACGUUUCCUCUUCCUUAUCACAACAUUAAGCAACAAGCAGACCAAAUUUACUGAUUAGAAAUGUAGUAAUCUCAUUUAUUUUAAUUGUUACGCUAAAUUUUGUCUCCGAAAACCAUUUUAUGAUAUAAUAACGUAGAACAGGAAUCCAUCGUUUUUUACCUUUUUACGAUGUUCCGCAACCUAACCUUAGUUGUAUCAAGACCUUCGAAACUUGCAUUGAGGCAGUUAAGAAAAAUGUCCACAGAUGCUGACGAUGUGAUAUUCAAAGAAAUAAAAGACAAAGGGGUCAUUAUACUCAACAGACCCAAAGCACUGAAUUCCCUGAACUUAUCCAUGGUUAAAAAGUUACAUCCAGUAUUGACUGAUUGGGAAUCUAAAAAGACCUUGGUGCUGGUUAAAGGAGCUGGCGAUAAGGCAUUCUGCGCAGGUGGAGAUGUUAAGGCUGUAAUUACAGCAGGACUAAAAGGGGAAAAGAAAUUAGGUAUUGAAAUCCCCAUGCAUAGGAUUCUUAUCUUGGACACUACGAUAUGAAUUUUUCAAGCAUGAGUAUGCUUCAAAUGGCCUGAUAGGAAGAUACAAAAUACCGUAUAUAGCAUUUAUAGAUGGCAUUGUUAUGGGAGGAGGUGUAGGGCUCUCUGUACAUGGCAAAUAUCGAGUAGCAACAGAGAAAACAUUAUUUGCCAUGCCUGAAACUCAAAUUGGGUUAUUUCCGGAUGUCGGGGGAUCUUACUUCCUGCCAAAACUACCCGGCAGACUCGGAGCAUUUUUGGCUUUAACAGGACAUCGCCUCAAAGGCUCUGAUGUACUGAAAGUUGGAGUAGCAACACAUUUAUGUGAUAGCCAACAACUGCCUGAAUUAGAAGAAACAUUGAUGAAUUGCAGCAACGAAAAUGAUGUUAAGUCAGUGUUGGAUAAAUUUAACAAGAAAGAUGUGCCGGAGUUCUCUCUGCAAUCAGUCGUUGAAAAGAUAAAUCAUUGUUUUGCGCCAGAUUCUAUGGAAGAGAUUAUUGCAAGGUUAGAGAAAGAUGGAUCUACAUGGGCGGAAGAAAUAUUGAAAACACUCAAUAAAAUGUCACCAACCAGUCUGAAAGUGACUUUGAGACAGUUGGAAUUAGGAAAAAAUAUGUCUCUAAAUGAUUGUUUGAUCAUGGAGUAUAGGUUAGCUUCUAAUUGUUUGGACCACAAAGACUUCUAUGAAGGUGUUCGUGCGUUACUGAUUGACAAAGACCAGAACCCAAAGUGGGAUCCUCCAUCUCUUAAAGAUGUUUCAGAAGAUUUAGUUAAAGAGCACUUUACGGAGGUAUCCGAGGAGCAACAAUUGAAAGCGAAACUGUGAUUUUUAAUAUGGAUUUGCCUCUUUAUCUUCAAUGCAAUGAAAGGUAAACUGCAGCAUUUGAAAGUAAAUAAAUGUAUUUUUAAACAGAUUUGUACCUAAGACAAUAUAUACUGUACAAUAAACAAAA